UGAGCAAUGGGGAGCCCAUGGGAGCCGGGGUACGGCGUUCCAGCUGGAAGCGGAAGAGCUCUCGCCGAGUUGACCGUUUCACUUUCCCCAUCCUGGAGGAAGAUGUGAUUUAUGAUGAUGUGCCCUGCGAGAAUCUGGACUCUCACCAGCACGGGUCGGAGAGGAGCCUGAUUUAUGAGAAUGUCCAUCGAGAAGGAGGCCCGAGGGAGUCAGAAGACCUAGGCUGGAGCUCCAGUGAGUUUGAGAGCUACAGCGAAGACUCUGGGGAGGAAGAGGUUAAACCAGAAGUGGAGCCCACCAAGCACCGGGUGUCUUUCCAGCCCAAGGGAAGGCAGUGUCAUGGUGGUCCUUCUGCUUGGAGCUCAUGACUAACUCUUGAUUCUUAGCCCCCUUCUGGACCUCCUUCCCCAGGCCAGGGAUGCCAGGGGAUGAAGACCUUCAGAAAGGGGGCAGAGAGGGAUGGGGGACCCCUGGGUCUUCCUGCCAGUCCUUUUCCUCUAUAGCUUUCACCUGGUCCAUUCCCCCCUGCUUCCUCCAUUGAAGGGUGACCAUCUUCUUUCCUAGUCAAUGAAUUGGCAUGAAGAUGUUGGCUUUGAAAUACGUG